UACAAAUUUAAAGUAAAAACAAAACUUCAAAAAUAUUCUUCCGAUUGUCAGAGAAUUAAUUUUAAGAUGUCUGGAAAUACCCUUGGUUUCCCCAGCAAUAUCGAUUGUGUGCGCUGGUACCGUGGAAUGUCACCCGUCCAAACGGAGGCUUGUGGUGACCUGCUCCACGCCCUGCGAGAUGACAUGGAACAGGGAUCCACGUACCGUGUGCGGCACUGCGUGUCCAAACUCGGAGUUGAGCCACUGUUGGAGUCCGCCCAGAUCAAGACCAUAAUGGUCCUUAGCCAGGGCAGCGACCUGGCCUUCCUGUGGUUUCUGUGGGAGUUGGGCUACAAGCACUCCGAGGAUUCUGAUCCGGAACUCUAUACGGUCAACGAACAGCUGCUCCUUUCGGGAAUAGCCCAUCUGGACAUGCCAGCAACGUUGAGGGCCUUGGAUGCUUUAUUGCCACCUGGUUCUCACUCGACGAAGCGGAGCUCCCAACACCAGACUUUCACAAAAAAGCGAUCCGUCAGGAUGUCUCGUUCAAGUCAGAAGGUCUAUGCCCUGCCAUACUUUGCUCCUCCAGUGCGUCCUCGUCGAUUUAUCUCAAAGGGGAAGCUCCGAGCUCCCGAAAGCAGACUGCGGUUUCCGGAGUACUCGCAGUUCACAGAUACGAUGCACCAAGUCCCCAAUGAGUCGUCUCGAUGGUUUGCUCAAUACCAAUUUGAUCCUGCAAGGAGGAUAAUAACCAAACUGCUCACAGAAGAGCUCAUUGGGCUUAACUUGGAACCAUUGGAGACCACCAAGAUGCUGGAACCUCUCUGUGAGACCCAUCGUUUUUUGAAGAAGGCAGUGAAUAUGCAACGACAGGAAAUAGACUACUCUAGCCUUCAGCGUUGUCUGUCCCAGUUGGAUGUCCCAAGAGCUGAGAUUAGGGCUCGAAGGAAACGGAUCGUUCAAGAUCUAGAGAAAGAAUCCCAAUGCGUAGCUGGCAAGAUAUGUGGAGAAUGUCGAAAACCUUUUAGCCAAGAUAUGAGCACUCGCAACGAGUGCGGAAAUAUGCUUUCCUCACCCAGAAAAAAUAAUCUAAAGAAGAACGAUCAUUCGAUGGUAAUGUAUCUUGGAUUGGAGAAAAAUCCCAGCGUACAUUUGUGUGACCAAACGAAUGAUAACUUAAUCAAGGUUAUGCUUAUGCAAAAAAAAAUUUCCCAUCGCUGUGGAGCCGGCGAUUUUCAAAUCCAGGAUGUUGACGUCUCAUUAGAAGAGCGUAAGGACAUAAACAUGAGUCCUAAACGUAAAAUAAGUCGCAGUUCCCGUAGUCGCAGUUCCCACAGUAGGAUAUCUCAUCAUCGAAAAGUAUCACCAAAGGGAAGAAAAGUGAAAAAAGACAUUGUCGAGGAACCUCCAUAUAUACCAACAACAAAAUUUCAGAACCUCGCCGAUCUCAUUCCCGCUUGCAGUAGGACUUUGCCAUGUUUGAAAAGGAGAUCUUCCACUCGGUGUCCUGAACCGGAGACUUUCACAACCAGGAAUCGCGAUGGCUUUCAAUUGAACUACCAUAAGAUAUAUGAUAUGCCGGGACUUCCGGACGACCGUUUACCUUGGGAGGAUGAUCUCGUGGACCUGGAGGACAAACAACCUGUGAUCGAAAAGUUCUGCAUUGAUGCCCUGAAGAAUGGUAAAUGCAAAUCGGGAAAGGAGUUUCAGCGCGACAAGUUCCUUUCUCCAGUAUUAAAAGCAGCUGCCAGCUGUGCCGUCGAUAUGUUCCGGACAAAUGUGGCCAACGGGGAUGUGGGGGAAAUCCCAGCUGAAAAGGAUCAGAGGAUCAAGAACGAUCUCAUCGAUCCGAACAACGAUCAGCAGAUUGAGGAUCUUUUGAAGGCAGCUCUGAAGGUGCUUCGUGGCAAUCCCCACUACGUACUGGCCACCUUCUCCAACGCCCACAAAAUGCCCGUGCUCCUUGAUUGGGUGGCGGAUCGCUAUGGCAAGACCUUCAGCCGGAAGGAGAUGCACAAUCUCGUGGAGACCUCGUUCCGCAUCUACGAAAGGUUCUAUCAGGGUGAAAAGAACCGGCGGCGAAAGACAUUGAGACUAAGGAAAAGUCUGACCGAUCAUGUAGGUCCGAUCACCUAUGCCAGCUACAACCAGUUCAUGUGCCAGGUCAAAAAGGGGAAAGCCGACUUCUACGACAAGCUCAAUAACCUGGCUCUGGAGCAGACCCGCCUCACCUGGUUGGCCCUGCGAGGAUACUCCCAUCUGGGCGGCCACAUCAGGGACACCUUUUUCGCCUACAUGCCCGCCAAACAGGACGAUCUGAAUCGCCACCACGUCUGGCAGUCCAAUGACUACCGGGAUAUGGUAAAACUCCGGCUAAGGAGUCGGCCAACGGGUUGUUAAAUUGGUGGUUCCACAUUGCAGAUCGGAAAACAUGGAAACUCAUGGACUUCGCACUGCCAUUUGGAACACCCAUCGAACUAAGGAUUUACAUUUAUCUGCUGAUCUGCUUAGUGGCGGGGCCCGAACGAAAAAAACAUUCAAUGAAAUUUGUCAUUCGCCAUUGUGGGCAACUACUUAUGUAAACCAAACUAUGUAUAAUCCCAAUUAAAAAUGCUGAUGCCCAACUAAAA